CCACAAACAAUGUGACCACACAAAGUUUUGGUUUGAAUUGUCCUGUUUGGUGCUACAGAGCAAGAGAGAAUCAUCAUCAUAAUCAUAAUCAUAAUCGGUUAGAAAUGGAAAUGGCUUAUGUUUGUGGCCAUACGCAGCAGCCAUGGCGUUUUGAAGCUCUCUCUGAUUGGAAACCACGACGAAGCCAAAAGUCUCUUCUAGUAUCAAUGGUGUUUAAACGAAGUCCAAAGCGUCUCAAAUACACAGCCGAUACUACUCGCUUCAACAAGGAUGGUAAUUUGGUUUACAUUGAAGCUGAUCCAUUUGGUUCUGAUUCAUGGAAAUUGGAACCAGUUGUUAAUCUUUUGAAACAAGGUGCUGUUGGAGUCAUCCCUACUGAUACACUGUCAGUGCUUGCUAUUUUUCUUUGCUUUAUAACUUCACAUGCAUGUAUGAUUAUCAUAACAAGGUCAUUGUAUUUUUUUUCUUUGUCUAUACAUAGAUAUGCGAUAGCAUGUGACCUAACAAACAACUCAGCCAUUGAACGACUUCGUAGAAUCAAGAAUAUAGACAGUUCAAAGCCGCUUAGCAUCUUAUGCCACUCAUUUCGCGAGAUAGAUAAGUACACGGCUGGGUUUCCAAGCGGCGAUGGUCAAGGCCAUGCAAAUUUAUUCAAAGCUGUUAAGCAUUGCUUACCUGGUCCUUACACUUUUAUCUUAAUGGCUAGCAAAGAAUUUCCGAAACAGUGCAUAAGGUUUGGGACUACCACUGCCAAAUAUGCAGCAAGGAAAAAUGUGGGUGUCCGUAUGCCAGACGAUGCAAUUUGUCAAGCAAUACUAAAGGAGAUGAGUACACCAUUAAUAUGCACAAGCAUCAAAUUCCUCAAGGAAGACGAGUGGCUGAUUGAUCCAGUUAUGAUAGCUGAUACAUAUGGACCGGAGGGUCUUGAUUUUGUUGUUGAUGGUGGUGUAAGAGUGGCUCAGUCCUCCACUGUGGUUGACAUGACCAAAUUGCCUCCCAAAGUCCUACGGCAAGGAAAGGGUCCUAUUUCAGACUGGAUGGUAUUGGAAGAUGAUCAGAAAACUGAUGAACAGGAUCUCAUCCCUGCUGCCAUUUGAAUAUUAAUCAUCCAUUUUGAUUGAAGAUUUACCAUCCAAAAGCAGUCAAUGACAUUAAAGGACACAAGGUGGAAAAUUUUGUGUAAAUAAAAAAAUAUACUUUUGUAAAUGUUGACAUAGUUGACCAUAUACUUCACAGGGCUGUAUGGAUUCUUUUUGCAAUUAAUUAAAAUUUGUUGUUUCA